AUGUCUACUUUCUUCAUUGAGAAUAAGGAUGUGGGCAAGAAGGAGAGGGGCGAAGAUUGGAGAAUCCGCGGCUACAACCCUCUGACGCCCCCCGACCUCCUCCAACAUGAGAUCCCCCAGACACCCAACUCGAAAAAGACGGUGCUCGAGAGCCGUGAGGAGGUCGCCGCCGUAGUCAAUGGCACCGAUGAGAAGCAGCGGCUCCUGGUCAUCAUCGGCCCGUGCUCCAUACAUGACCCCCAGGCCGCGCUCGACUACUGCGACAUGCUGUUGAAAGAAAAGGAGAAGCACGAGGACGAACUCCUGAUCGUCAUGCGGUCCUACCUCGAGAAGCCGAGAACCACGGUGGGAUGGAAGGGCCUGAUCAACGACCCAGACAUCGACAACAGCUACCAGAUGAACAAGGGCUUGCGCAUUUCGAGGCAGCUGUUCGUCGACCUGACGGACAAGGGGAUGCCCAUUGCCAGCGAGAUGCUCGAUACCAUCUCGCCCCAGUUCUUGGCCGACGUGCUGUCUGCCGGUGCAGUUGGUGCCAGAACAACAGAGAGCCAGCUGCACCGGGAGUUGGCAAGCGGUCUCUCCUUCCCCGUAGGCUUCAAGAACGGCACGGAUGGGACGUUGGGUGUGGCGAUUGACGCCAUUGGCGCCGUGAAACACCCCCACCACUUCCUGUCCGUCACCAAGCCCGGUGUGGUGGCCAUUGUCGGCACUGUUGGUAACGAGGACUGCUUCGUCAUCCUGCGGGGUGGCAAACGCGGCACCAACUACGACGCGAAGAGCAUAGCAGAGGCCAAGGCAGCCCUGGAGAAGUCUGGCCUACGACCACGACUCAUGGUUGACUGCAGUCACGGCAACUCGGAGAAGAACCACAAGAACCAGCCAAAGGUUGCUGCCAGUCUCGCGGAGCAGAUGUCCAGCGGCGAACAGAGCAUCAUGGGCGUUAUGAUCGAGAGCAACAUCAACGAAGGUAGCCAGAAGGUGCCGAAAGAAGGUAAGAAAGGUCUACAGUAUGGUAUCAGCAUUACGGAUGCUUGUAUUGGAUGGGAAGACACGGUGUCGACCCUCGAUAGCCUGGCCAACUCCGUGAAGGACAGAAGAAAGGUGAGCAGCACGAACGGCCACCAGUAG